GGAGCAAGACGGACAUAUUCCGACAUAUACAGUCACACAAAAAACAAAGAAAAAACAGGACGAAAGUAAUUUAUUUCAGUCUACAGCUGGAGCAAGAUGGUGAAACAGCGUCGCGUCAGAGCGCACCCCUGCUGUGCUGCUGUGUCGCCUCUUUGUUUCAGAAGAGGAUCAUGGAAGACUCUCACCGAGCCUGCCAUCUUUGCUACGGAGACCAGCUGUGACUGUCACGCGCCUCACGAGAAGCUCAGCAUCGCUCAGGCCCGCAGAGGCACCCCAGUCGACCGACCGGUCAGAGUCUACGCGGAUGGCAUCUUUGACCUGUUCCACUCUGGCCACGCUCGUGCUCUUAUGCAGGCCAAGAAACUGUUUCCAAACACAUAUCUCAUAGUAGGAGUGUGCAGUGAUGAGCUGACCCAUAAGUACAAGGGUUUCACAGUCAUGACGGAACAUGAACGUUACGAAGCCCUGAGGCACUGCCGCUACGUAGACGAAGUUCUGAGAGAUGCACCGUGGACUCUCACGCCAGAGUUCCUUGAGAAACAUAAGAUCGAUUUUGUGGCUCAUGAUGAUAUCCCGUACUCUUCAGCAGGAACUGAGGACGUUUACAAACACAUCAAAGAAGCAGGGAUGUUCGUCCCCACACAACGGACAGAAGGGAUCUCCACCUCUGACAUAAUUACCAGAAUUGUCCGAGACUAUGAUGUCUACGCCCGACGCAAUCUGCAGCGGGGCUACACGGCUAAGGAGCUUAAUGUCAGCUACAUCAACGAGAAGAAGUAUCGGUUGCAGAACCAGGUAGAUCGCAUGAAGGAAAAGGUUCGAACUGUUGAAGAAAAGAGCAAACAUUUUGUUUACCGCGUGGAGGAGAAGAGUCACGAUCUCAUCCAGAAAUGGGAAGAAAAAUCUAGAGAAUUUAUUGGCAACUUCCUAGAACUUUUUGGACCUGACGGGACGUGGAAACAAGUGUUUCAGGAACGCAGUGGUCGGAUGCUGUCCUAUGCUAUGUCACCCAGGGAAUCACCUUGCAACAGCCCUCCUCGUGAACUGUCCCCCCUGCGCUCCCCCUCCCCUCCGUCGCCCCCUGCCCGCUGGUACAACGCCCGACCCUCGCCCCCGAACUCCCCCAAGGGAGCGUCUGCCUCGAUGAGCAGCAUGAGUGAAGGCAAUGAAGACGAGAAGUAGAUGGAUACAGACAGAUACGUUUCACUACACAGUACACUGUGGGAACACUUCACCAAAAACACUUUUCUUCAAACAGAACCAGGUUUCCUCAGAGAUGUUACAGAUUUGCAAUGCUGGCAUUGAUCAGGGGAAUUGAAGGUUUGAGCUGCAGAGCUAAUAAAAAAAGCCAUCAUUGUCUGGAGAACCAAGCAGACAGAAGGAUGAAAGGGGAAGAAGAGGAUGUGGAUUCAUUGUAUGUAUUCAAUGUCACCGUUUUUAUACAAGGACAAUAAUCUUGUGCAAUAUCUGUAGAGAGGACUUGCUGUGGAUUGUCUAGAGUGAACACAGACACUCAAACAGCCUGCUUAUAAUAUCACUGGAUUGUUUAUUGUCCUGCUUUUUGCCCUCGUAAGAUGCCAACCUUCCCUACAAUUUCACUCUAAAAUAUAGGCAGACAGAUAGUUACAGACCCGGUGCCCCACACUGAGAGCUUGGAAUAGCAAAAAGGAUACAGUAGGCAAGCAGAACACAUUGUUAUUGCUGGUUUGUACCAUUUUUGUAAAUGUGACGGCCAAAAAAACUGAGACUUGAUUAUUUUGCAAAGAAUUAUGAUUCAAAUUAAAAUUUCUACAUUCACAAAUUUGUUGACACACCUGGUAAAGAUGUAUAAAAAGCCGUAAAAUAAAAUCAUCCUGGUUUGCACAGAUAAUCUCACAGUGAAAAAAAUAGGAUAAUCCAGCCUAUAAUUUGACUACAUUUGUCCAGUGGAGAGUAAAUCCAAUGUUAGGAAAUAAAAUAACUGCUGGCACAAUUUUUGAUACCACUGCUCUUUGUAUGCCCUGCUUCCCAAUAAGAAACCAUGUAAAUUCUCCCUUGGAAGAGAAACAAGCCCACAGCAUCACAGAUCCUCCACCGUACUUAACAGUGGACAUGUAUUUUUUCUUAUAUUUGUUCUUUGUUUCUCACACCAAACCCACCACGAGUAUUUUUUUUUACUGAAAACCUCAAUGUCAGUCCAAGUUAAAAUCCCUGCAGAGUUUAGCAAACUCUCAUCCUCAUUCCCAAACAUCCUUUUGGCAAGUAGAUCAUAUUUGGGGGUUGUUAUUCAAACUUGGUGACACAAGGAUGCCACUCUUUGCUGCAAAAGUAAAGAUUUGUUUUAGCUCCCUUGGCAUCCUUAUUGUGCCUGAUGGCAACAUAAACAUGCGUCCUCUUUACUAGUAGCUAAAAGAAAUAGGCCUCUGUCUCAUGUCAGAUUUAUGCCCAAAGGUAACAGAAACUCAUGAAUUGUUCAUUUGAAUUUCAGAAAAAUUCUAAUAAACUUAAUAAAAUUCAAGUAUAAAUAGAAAAAAAAUGAUUUGGUUUCUAUUGUUUUAAAGGAAUUGUUGGUGGUUCAAAUAAUUAUGCCUAUGAUUUUACUAAAAACAAUGAUUUCUUAACAUGGAUUUUUUUCCUGCCCACUGAUUAAAUUGUCCUCAAAUUAAAGGUUCGAUUUUUUCAAAUCUCUAAAUAUGAUGUCAUGCUGCUACAGCGAACUGUUAUUUUGAGGCUUUUUAAACAUCUUUACCUGGGGCGCCACGCUCCACUUAAUUGCUUUCUUUAGAAACUCACCCAAUCUUUGUUUACCUCAGGUCUGCUUGCCCAUACCAACCCAGUCCAAACUAUCUUCCAUCCCAACUAAAUUAUAACUUCAAUGCAAUAUAGACAGGGGAAAUGUCCUGGGCGAUAAUUUCCAUAUGUAAAAACUUUUAAAUUGUCUUUUUUUAGUCACCAUUGUUGAGAAGGCUUAACAUGUUAAUAAAAAUGUAGAAUGUAAAUUAC